UAUUCAUUCAGGGACAACCAUCAGUGUCAGUCAACAGGACCUGAGCUACAGUUUUGUUGAAAAUUAUCGAGCAGGAUUUUUUUUUCCCCGGAGCAGCACAGAAAACAAAAUAUGCCUCAGUUUGUAAAUCCAGGUGUGGGGACUUUUGCAUCUUGGGACUAUGUGGUUUUUGCAAUGCUUUUUAUCAUCUCUUCAGGGGUAGGGAUCUUUUUUGGCAUCAAAGAAAGAAAUAAGAUGUCCUCCCGAUUGUUCCUGAUGGGAGACAAACAGAUGGUUUUUGGUCCAAUGGCUCUCUCCCUCACUGCCAGCUUCAUGUCUGCAGUUACGGUGUUAGGAGUGCCUUCUGAUAUCUACCGAUUUGGUGCUUCCUACAUCCUCUUCUGCAUUACCUUCAUUAUUGUCGUCUCAAUCACAGCAGAGUUCUUUCUACCAGUCUUUUACCGAUCGGGAAUCACCAGCACGUACGAGUAUUUGGAACUGAGAUUCAACAAGGUGGUUCGUAUUGCUGCUAUACUUAUGUACAUACCGCAAACUAUUCUCUACACAGCAAUUGUGGUUUAUGCCCCAUCUCUGGCAUUAAAUCAAGUGACUGGAUUUAACUUAUGGGGUUCAAUAACUGCAACAGGAAUUGUUUGCACCUUCUACCUCACCCUGGGUGGUUUUAAGGCAGUGGUGUGGACAGAUGCUUUCCAGAUGCUUGUGAUGCUGUUAGGAUUUUUAACAGUUCUCACUCAAGGAACUAUUAAGUUGGGAGGAAGUACUAACAUGUGGAAUAUCGCAAAGAGAGCAAACAGGUUGAAUGCAGUCGAUUUUUCCACAGAUCCUUUGAGGCGUCAUAGCUUUUGGUCAAUUGUUGUAGGAGGCUCAUUUACAUGGCUAGGAAUUUACGGAGUGAAUCAGUCCAUAAUUCAACGAUGCAUAUCCUGUAAAUCAGAAAGACAUGCAAGAAUUGCAUUGUAUCUGAAUUUAGUUGGUCUCUGGGUGAUCACUAUCUGUGCUGUGUUUAGUGGACUACUUAUGUUCGUGCACUACAUAAACUGUGAUCCAUGGACUGCUGGAUUCAUUUCAGCACCAGAUCAAUUGAUGCCUUAUUAUGUCAUGGAUAUAUUGGGAAACCAACCAGGUCUUCCUGGACUGUUUGUGGCUUGUGCAUUUGGUGGUACUCUUAGCACUGUAGCUGCCAGUAUCAAUUCGCUUGCAACAGUAACGCACCAAGACUUGGUUAAGGGUUUAUUCCCCAACAGCUCGGAAAAGUUGAGCUUUUUUAUCAGCAAAGGACUAUGUCUACUAUUUGGUGCAAUAUGCACUGCAAUGGCAGCAGCAGCCUCCUUAAUGGGAGGAAUUAUACAGGCUGCACUCAGCAUUCAUGGCAUGUGUGGAGGCCCUAUGCUCGGACUAUUCUCAUUGGGUAUUUUAUUCCCUUGCUCACAUUGGAUUGGUGCUCUUGGAGGGUUCAUCAUUGGAAUAUUAAUGUCUUUCUGGCCUGCCGUCAAUGCAUUUAUUUAUCCUGCACUACCAAGAAAUACACUACCCUUAUUUUUAAACACAAGUGGCUGCAUACCACUGAACACAUCGGAUUCGUAUUCCAGUGUAAACCCCAUAUUAAUUCAGCGAAUCUAUAGACCUCCUCUGGCAGACAGCUGGUAUGCCAUAUCCUACCUAUACUAUAGUGCUCUAGGAUUCCUGGGGUCACUGGUAGGUGGACUGCUAAUCAGCUUCAUAUCAGGAUCUAAAUAUAACAAAGAAGUGAAGCCGUCAUUGAUGAGACCGGUCACUGGUCUGUUUCAGUUUUGGUCAUAUAACUGGUGCGACAGACAGCACGAGGAAAGCAAACCAGAGGACGACAAUGAGAAAGAAACUGUGGAUAAUGCCCAAGUAAUGACAGGAUCAGAAAGCGAGCUCCAGCAGAUGUCUGAUCAAGCCUCAACAAGACCUUUACCUGUGAUAAGCCAGAACAGCAUGAUAAUAUUGGAGUCACAAAAACUCAUAUUUUUAACUUCCAUAGGAAAUUUUUUAAAAUGUGAAUUUAUAAUAGAUAACUUAUCAUUAUAAUCAAAACAAAGAGCGAGGCCAAAAUUCUCUUGGUUAUUAAAAAUGAUCUUGUAAACCCA